AGUGUUGCCGAAUAAACCGGAAGCUUCGUUUCUCCCGAAGAGGAUUUUCGUGAAAGCUAAAAAAAAAAAACGAGAGGAAACAGGGAAAGAAGGGCAAAAUAACGAUUUCACGUGACGAAAAUUAACUUGUAAAAACAUCACAAAACAUGAAAAAUGAGGUCAGGUCUUUUGGACUGUAUAUUCCAGUAAUUAAUAGCUGAACAGUGUGCGAUUAACAUGGCACACUGCUCAUACAAACAAUGGCGACCAAACCCGCCCACCGCGUACUACGGAAGUGAAGGUGUUCUAUCAUAGUAAUCUAAGGUCUUUGGUACUAGUAGGACUACUACUACCACGCAGCAGGACUUAAACAGGAAGCAUGUUCACAGAGGUGUUAAUUGGUCUGGUGCUUGGAGGGGUCAUCAUCUUGCUGCUUCUUAGAAGGAGGAGCCAUGUUUUGAAAUCCGAGGAUGGUUGGUGGGGCGUGGGUCCAGUCCCGGAUGGCGAGGAGGACACCAGGAUCCAGCCCUUCACGGUGACCACCAGUGAUGAAGAGUUGGAGGACUUACACAGGAGAAUAGAGCAGACGCGUCCAGUUCCCUCCUUGGAAGACAGCCAGUUCCAUUACGGGUUCAACUCCAAGUACCUGGAGGAGGUGGUCUCCUACUGGAGGCGUGACUUUGACUGGAGGACACAAGUGGACAAACUGAACCAGUACCCACACUUUAAAACCAACAUUGAAGGUAUUGACGUUCAUUACGUGCACGUGAAACCCAAGCGGGUGCCACAGGGAAGCGAUGCGAUUCCUCUGAUAAUGGUGCACGGCUGGCCUGGAUCUUUUUAUGAGUUCUACGGGUUGAUCCCGCUCCUAACGGAACCGUCAGACCCCCAGGGACUUGUGUUUGAGGUGGUGUGCCCGUCCAUACCCGGAUACGGCUUCUCGGAAGCGCCACAUAAGAAAGGUUUUGAUUCGAUGUGUGCUGCUCGCAUCUUCCACAAACUGAUGCGGCGUCUUGGCUUUCAGCAGUUCUACGCCCACGGAGGAGACUGGGGGUUUCUCAUCACGACCAACAUGGCUCAGCUGGAGCCCAAGAUAGUCAAAGGCCUACACAUCAACUUCGCCGCGGCUGCCAAGCCUGGGCUGAUCGUGACUUCAUCAAUCCUCCUCGGCCGCCUCUUCCCCAACCUGUUUGGAUUCACCAGCCUGGACCUCGAGCGCAUUUACCCCUGCAUUCAGAAACUGUUUGUGGAGUUAAUCAAAGAAACUGGCUACAUGCACAUCCAGUCCACCAAGCCCGACACUGCAGGUCGUGGACUGAAUGACUCGCCAGUGGGUCUGGCGGCGUACAUCCUGGAGAAGUUCUCCACAUGGACAAGUCCGAACUUUAGAAACAUGGAAGAUGGAGGACUCACCAGGAAGUUCUCUCUGGACGACCUGCUGACAAACGUAAUGAUCUACUGGACGUCAGGCUGCAUUAUUCCCUCAAUGAGGUUCUACAGGGAAAACUUCGGCAAUGGCCUCAAUCAGCCACACGUGAAGAUCCCGGUGUACGUGCCCACUGGAUUUGCCAGCUUCCCUAACGAACUGAUACACACCCCCAAGUUGUGGGUCCAACAGAAGUUCUGUAACCUCGUCACCUACACACCCAUGGCUCGUGGGGGUCACUUUGCAGCCAUGGAGGAACCCCGGUUGAUGGCGGAAGACGUCAACAACUUCAUCAGCAAAGUGGAGAAGAUGAAGGCACAUUAGAGGUUAGUCUGAGGAUGUGGUCAAUGUGAAGGAAUACCGUAUUUUCUGGAGUAUAAGUCGCUACAUAGUAUAAAUCGCACAAGGCCAAAAAUGCAUAAUUAGGUAGAAAAAAACAUACAUAAGUCGCACUGGAGUAUAAGUCGCAUUUUUUGCGGGUAAUUUAUUUUGUGUGACUCGAGUCUUUGCACAGGGUCCGUGAAUCAGUAAAACUCAAGCCUACUUCAAUGACCAAUGAGUCAGUGAGACUCGAGUCUCUGCGUAGUACCUAAGAAUUAGUGAAACUCAAGACUUUGUCGAUGUCAAUAACCAAUGAGUUAGUGAUACUCGAGUCUUCUUUGAGUACCCCCGAAUUAGCGAAACUCAAGUCUUCGACAUUGAUGACCAUUGAGUCAGUGAGACUCGAGUCUCUGCGUAGUACCUAAGAAUUAGUGAAACUCACAACUUUGUCGAUGUCAAUAACCAAUGAGUUAGUGAUACUCGAGUCUUCAUUGAGUACUUGCGAAUUAGCGAAACUCAAGUCUUCAUUGACAUUGAUGACCAAUGAGUCAGUGUGACUCGAGUCUUUGCACAGGGUCCGUGAAUCAGUAAAACCAAGCCUACUUCAAUGACCGAUGAGUCAGUGAGACUCGAGUCUCUGCGUAGUACCUAAGAAUUAGUGAAACUCACGACUUUGUCGAUGUCAAUAACCAAUGAGUUAGUGAUACUCGAGUCUUCAUUCAGUUCCCCCGAAUUAGCAAAACUCGAAUCUUCUUUCACGUCAAUGAGCAAUGAGUCAGCAAGAUUUCUGCAAUCAUUAACGUGUCUUAGCAUGAAGUGUUCAUGCAUAAAAGAUUUCUGCAAUCAUUAACGUGUCUUAGCAUGAAGUGUUCAUGCAUAAAAGACAACACUUCUUUAAGAGGAAUUUUAAUUUUGUAAUAAAAUGUAAUACCAAUAAGAACUGCGUAAGUCCUAGUCUAGACAGCACUAAUAUAAGUUUUGCUCUUCCAACUGUAAAACUGUUUGAAGAUGCAAAAGCCCAGCAUCUGUUUAUGCUUCCCCCUGCUGGUGUUUAUAGUUUGUGCCUUCCUCCGAGCCUCCCAUCAGCCUUGCAGGCCAGCAGCUGCAGGUGGAAGGUCAGUGGGGCUUUUGGUGUUAUUGUGUUGACAGCAUGGAGAAGACACCGGGCAUUCCUCCAAUUGAUAACAACACCGUGCUGCACCUCUGCAAGUCAUACCUUUGGAAACUUUCAAAUAAAUUGCUGAUGAUAAUUCUAAUUAGUCACAACAAAAAAAUCACAGAUUCGCAUUCCCGAUUCAGGAUUCACGGCACAAUCUUAGAUUAUGCUCACAUUUUGGUUUCUAUCUUUUCAUAACUAACAUUUAAAACCAGUCAUUUCAAACUCUGUCCUUUUUUUAAGGUUGAAGUGAUGUGAAUGUUUAUCCACAUGGUAUUUCCAAAUAUGAUAUAUUUUCUGUGUUGAAUGACCAAAUAUGUGGAACAUUUUGGCACAAUUAUUGCAUGAUAAUGAUACAAAUACAAUAAAAUUAUUGCACAAUGAGGAACUUUGUGUGUGUG